UAAAUUCCCGGAUACAUCCGAACUGCAUAAACUCAAACAAAUAUUGAUUAAGCAAGGCCGAAUGCUUGAAAAGAGAGCCUGUCCAAAUUAAUCUAUCCGUAAUAGCUUUGAUCUACCCCUAAUAGUUACUGCCCUUCCGCACUUCCCACAAUGGUACAUAAGCUUGUUCAGCUCGUUCUCCUAACGUCCAUCAUGGGGGUUUCUUCUUUCCUAGGAGGGAUUAUCCCUCUCAAAAUCCCGAUGAACUCAUCCAAAUUGAAUUACAUGUCCAUCUUUAGUAUGGGUAUUCUUAUCAGCACAUCAUUGGUUCUUAUAAUACCCGAGGGAGUGCUGACCCUAUAUGGAUCCCUUCACCAAGAAGACCUCGAGAAUGCUCCGAAGUAUUUAGGACUCGCAUUGCUUGGUGGCUUUAUACUAAUGUACAUAGUGGACGGACUUCCAGCAUUGCUCAGCACAUUCAACCUAAGCGUGAAAUUUGACUACACUGUUGAGGCCAAUAAAGUAUCCUUCUUGGACAUACUAAAGUCGAUAGUGGAUUCUUCCAUCACCUUGGGGUUGAUCUUUCACGCAUUGAUUGAUGGAAUAUCGCUCGGUUCUUCGCUUUUCUCAGACGAUAUUUCUUUCCAGCUAUUCUUCUUCAUUGCUAUUAUCAUUCACAAGUUACCUACUGCCUUCAGUUUCACCUCAAUCCUAUUAAGAGAGAACUUUAACACCACCAUCAUUUUGGUCCAUCUAAUCCUUUUUUCCUUGUCCACCCCAGUGUCUGCGAUUGUAACGUACUUAAUCGUAUCUACCCUUGGGUCUAAUAACAAAUUUGUCAUAGGGAUGUUGUUUCUAUUUUCAGCAGGUACCUUUCUUUAUGUGGUCAAUCAUGUUGUUACAGGGAUAUCUAAUGGGUCGAAUACCGAGUACACUCCAACUUCCAGUGAAAGCGAAGAGCAUGCUCCUCAUCGCCAUUUAAAGUUAUCAGGUAUUGAACUAUUGGUUUCUGUUGCAGGUAUGACUAUUCCUAUUUUAAUGAGCUUAUUAGGUAGCGAUUGAGACUUUUAUAGAUUUUUGUUAAUUAAGCCUAAUGUUGAUAUGAUAGGUAUCUCUUUGAGGUAUGUAUUAAAAUAUUUGUUGCAGAGCCCUGCUCUGUAGAUAAUUUACGAAUAGUUUAAAUUAAAUAGUUGUGGUCACUUUGGAGCAGGGGAUCCUACUUCCUGGUCAGCCUCAUAAUCGACAUCUGGUGAGCUUGAGCUUCUUUUGAGGUAUAGCUUGCCCAAGCUAGAUUGUAUUGAAUUAUUCUCAGAAGUGUCAAGUUCUUUGGUUUCAUACUCCACAUCUCCUACCUGUCCAACUAAGGCGUCAUCUUCAACUUCCUGGGCAACGUCAUCUUGGUCGUCUUCAAUGUUCUGGUUUUCAUCAUCACCAUUCUCGCCAUCUUUAUUCCUUUCCGUGCCACUUUUCUGGUCGCUUUCC